UUAUGUUUAAAUAAAAUUAAAACUGGGCUAUUUGGAAUUAUCUUUUUAAUUUUGAUUUUAAGUUAAUGUUUGUAUUAUUUUUUUAAUUUAAAACUUAAAUUCUAGAUAUAUUUAAACAGUUAAGCUGGUUAAAGUUUUAAAUAAAUAGUCAACAAUUUUCAGACCUAAACAUAAAAGAAUGGCUAACAAUUCGAAAAAGUUUCAAAUGAUGGUACGUGGUAACUCUGCUGUUAGUGGACAGGGAAUAUAUGAAAAAGAUGUUGUAGAUCUAAUUAAAUCAAUAGAACUAACCAAAUAUAAACAUCAAAUAUUUCUUAAUUCAUUAGACCGAAUUGAAGACAAAAAUUUAAAAGAAAAAUGUAAUGAUUUAAAAACUCAUUACCGUUUGUUCAAAAAUGAUGAAUCUUAUAUUCAAGUUAGUGAAUUGUCCCAUCAAGAAAAAGAACAAUUGAACGGUUGUAUAGAACAAUGUUUAGAUCAAGAGUGUGCUAUUAUUAUUGGUGAAAAAGAAUCUAUUCCGAAAGAAUUAAUAAAACUUAUUGAGUUAGAAACAGAAAUGCCAGAAAUAAUUAAAAAUAAAUUGGACAUAUUUAUGUCACUUUUAAGUAAGUAUGAACAUAAUAAAAAUGAAAUAAAAAAGUCCAUCAUUAAAUUACAAAAAAGUAGUAACAUUAAUUUAACUGAAGCUAAACAUUUAUGUAAACAAGUGGAUAUUCUCAAUAGUAAUUCCAAAAAUUUACAAAAUGUUCUCAUUAGUACUUUUUCAAAUGAAGAAAACUUGAUGAAUUUGCUAGAAAAAUCUUUAGAAUCCAAGAAAAACGAGUAUGAUGAAGCUUUAUUAGAAUUAGAAAGAUUUAAAAUCCAAGAAGAAAAAUAUAAGUCAGUUGAUGGUCCAGAAUUUCGAGCAUUAGUUAAAAGUUAUUCUCAAACUAUAGAAAUUAUAAAAAUGAAAACGGAUAUGCUGAAUAAAUCUGAAUAAUUUUAUUGAACUUAUAUAAUUAUAUGUAUAUUUUAUUAUAAAUAAAAAGUAA